AUGGUGAAUGCCAUUUAUAGCGGGUCUUCGGACGAGGACCUGCCCAAGAUCAAGCCGCUGUGGCCCAACAACGGCACGGUUCCGCAACAGCAGCCCCUUGAGUGGGAGUGGCAGCGGGAGUGGGAGAGGGAGCGGCCGGACCCGGAGAAGAAGCCGCGGCUGGUCAAAGUGCGGCUGUCGGUGCACUACCGCGUGCACUCGCGCCAGAUGCUCUGCAUCGGCGGCUCGCAG